AUCAAACACCGCCGCAAAUAAAAACAACACCAGAACCACCGACAGCACCACCAUCACAAGAACGGCCACACGUAAAACCACAGGUGGAACUAUCACCAACACCGGACGUUCCAGCAGAGGGAAAAAGCCUACCAGCAGCAAGAGUCUCAAGGACCCCAACAGAAGAAACCCACAAGACGCCGUUGUCAGAAACCAACACGGAGCCCGAAACAAAGCUACAACCUUUAAAAGAUGAAGUGCAAGAGCAAAAUGGUAGUCCCACCAACCAAUCGCACGUAUUGAAGAAUGCAGCUACCGACAGGCUAGCGGAAACGACAGCAUCAUCCAUCUCCAAAAUUGGCAGUGAUGAUGCUCAACGGCCUUCCUCCAACGAACCACAGGACGGCUCCGAAACUGCUAAUACUGAUGUUGCUCUUACAGUCGGUGAGGCAGCGCCACAAACAGCAAAACCGGUCACAGUCGCUCAGGCAAAUGAUACGGUGACGCCUGGCGACAGUGACAGCAGCACCGCGGUUUCCCACACCACCUCCCCUCCUUUGCUUCUUGUUGUUGCGUGUGUGGCUGCUGCGGUGGUGGCCGCGUGA